AAAAAUUUUGACAGUGAAACCGGAACGAGCGAAACGCAACAGAAUCUCAAGAUCGAAGGACAGUGAAAUCGAAGAAUUGAAGCACAAGCCUCUCUUUCUCUCCAUCUCUCUACUAUCGAUUUCUGCAAUCUCUCCCUCUCUCUUUCUCUCUCUCUCACGUUUCUUUUGCCCAUUUGGCGGAGAUAGAGGUGAAGCGUCAGAAUCACAUCUCCGGAAUCGGGGUGAAGAGGAAGGAUUCGUUUUGGGAGGGAAGACAAAUCUGGCGAAAGUGGAGGGCUUAAGGGCGAGGCCGUGGCUUAAGCCAGGAGCUUGUGUAAAUGGAGGUCAGUAUGAGUAUGACGGCGAUGAUGACGACCAUUCAAGGCCUUGGUGGCGGCGUCGCCUCAGAUCCUUGUAUAUGGCGGCGAGGUCCCUUACUCCGUCCACUUUCCGAAUCGCAAUCUCGCUGCUCCUCCUUGUGGCUAUCGGCACCGCUUUCACUUUUCUCCCGGUUGAACAGAAAUUGAAGGACUUCUUGUUAUGGAUUAAGGAAGAUCUUGGACCUUUUGGUCCACUUGCGCUGGCUUUGGCUUAUAUUCCCCUCACAAUUGUGGCGGUUCCUGCUUCUGUACUCACGCUAGGGGGUGGCUAUCUUUUUGGCCUGCCAGUAGGAUUUGUAGCCGACUCUCUUGGAGCUACGUUAGGUGCAACAGCAGCAUUUCUGCUUGGUAGAACGAUUGGUAAAUCUUAUGUCGCCUCAAAAAUAAAGCAUUACCCAAAGUUUCAAGCUGUUUCCGUUGCAAUUCAAAGAUCUGGCUUCAAGAUAGUUUUGCUGCUACGCGUUGUCCCCAUAUUGCCCUUCAAUAUGUUGAAUUACCUCCUAUCUGUAACCCCCGUUCGCUUAGGGGAAUACAUGCUGGCCACUUGGUUGGGAAUGAUGCCCAUUACGUUUGUGCUAGUUUAUGUUGGAACUACUUUGAAAGAUCUUUCUGAUAUUACACAUGGAUGGCAUGAGGUGUCAGUAUUUCGUUGGGUGCUAAUGAUGUUUGGCAUUGCUCUAGCUGUAAUUCUGAUAAUAUGCAUAACAAGAGUGGCGAAAUCAUCAUUGGAUAAAGCAUUGGCUGAGAAUGCAACAGAUUUAUUAGAUGGCAAGAAGAAUGACGACACUUGCAUGCUCCCCAUCGCAGAGCCACCACCACCGGAUCAGCUACACGAGGAGUCUCUCAUUAUCAGAAUCGACCCAUCAGAUUCUUGAAGAGAGGAAAGACCAGAAGAAACCAAACCUCUUGAAUUUGUAAAUUUUUUUAGGAAGCACGAGAAUUUUUUUGUACCGUGAGAGAUAUUAGAUACGUUUUGUAUAGCAUCAUAAUACCAUAGU